CACUAUUUGCUCAUUCCCCGGAAGACUCCCUCACGCAAAACCAUGCCGAUCCGUCAGUUCCAAGUCGUCGGCCGCAAGGCCCCCACUGAGAAGGAGCCGAACCCGCCGGCUUACCGCAUGAAGCUGUUCGCCCCCAACCCGGUGCUGGCUCAGUCGCGCUUCUGGUACUUCCUGCACCAGAUGAAGAAGAUGAAGAAGACCACGGGCGAGAUCCUGGACAUCAACGAGCUGACGGAGAAGAACCGCCGCGUCGUCAACAACUACGGCAUCUGGAUCCGCUACAACUCGCGCAGCGGCACCCACAACAUGUACAAGGAGUACCGUGACGUGACUCUGUGCAAGGCCGUGGAGCAGAUGUACGCUGAGCUUGCCGGCCGUCACCGUGCCCGCCCGCGCUCGAUCCAGAUCAUGCGCACUGCCAUCGUGGCCGCCAAGGACACGCAAAAGACGAACGUGCAGCAGUUCCACGACUCCAAGAUCUCGUUCCCUCUGUCGCACCGCCUGCCGCGUGCCGCCGAGAAGCACCACAACACGGUCUUCAAGGCUUCGCGCCCCUGCACCUUCCGUGGUUAAGCAGCGUCAGCUCUUGCCAGCAGCUUCAGAGCUGGUUAACGCACUUUCUCGCAGUUUUGCAGUUUUGCAGCUUUGCUUGCCGUUUGCCAGUAGUGAGUUGCAACUCGAAGGUUAAUUGCAAUCGAAAGAUGGGAGUUUUUCGACUUUUACAA